AUGGUCAAUAUUGAGACUUUCUUCAAAAAAAGCUCUUCUGGAGGAGUUUCUGGGCGUAAAAGGAGUGCAAAUACGGCCCAGAUAAGGUCACAACCUUCACAAAACGACGCAUCGAAUCCAAUCGAUCUAGUGGACUCCGAUGACGACUUCGACGACUUUGAACCGCAGCAAAUUAGUGCUAUUAAACAGGGCGAGUCAUUGGAGAUUUUAGAUGAGAAGCCUCCGGCGAAGAAAAGAGCUACGCCUGUCAAAAGUGCAAAAUCUUCGAGAAAGGGCGAGCACCUUGCCUCCUCAUCGCCUCAGAAAGCAGCGGCAAAACUCAAAACUGAGAGUAGUGGGGCCAUGUCGUUGCAAGUUCUUUUGAGCAAGAUACCUUCUGUGGACCUGGACGCCGUGCACGUCAAGGAAAACGUAAAAUUCGAUUUUCGCGGUGGUGGGCAGACUGAAGGCUCUCAAGCGUCACCAGACGAUGCAGAUUUCCCAGAAGGCGCUCCAAACUGUCUCUUGGGACUAACUAUCGUUUUCACUGGUCAAUUGCCCACUUUGGAGAGAGGAACCGCUGAAGCCAUUGCGAAACGUUAUGGUGCUCGUGUCACCAAGUCUAUUUCCAGCAAAACGUCAUUGGUAGUGCUCGGAGAAGAAGCUGGGCCCAAAAAGCUUGAGAAGAUAAAAGAUUUGCAUAUUAAAGCCAUUGAUGAGGAUGGGUUUAAACAGCUUGUUUCGGGAAUGCCAGAAGAAGGUGGUGACAAUGCCGGUGCCGAAAAGGCUCGUCAAAAGCUGAAGCAACAGGAAGAAGCAGCUCAGAAAGAAGCUCGUGAUAUGGAAAGGCGCGAACAGGAACAAAGAGAAAAGCUGAGGAAAUUGCAGCAGAGUGGAGUUGCUCCUCAAGAUUCAAAGCCAGUGAAAAGAGAAGAAGACAAGCUAUGGACAGUCAAGUACGCGCCUACAUCGCUGAAUCACAUCUGUGGUAAUAAGACAAGUGUAAACAAGCUGAAAACCUGGCUUAGCAACUGGUCUGAAUACAAAAAAAAUGACUUCAAACAGCCCGGAAGAGACGGUCUGGGUGUUUUCAGAGCUGCAAUGCUGUAUGGACCGCCUGGCAUUGGAAAAACUACCGCUGCACAUUUGGUUGCUAAGGAAUUAGGCUAUGAUGUCCUAGAGAGAAAUGCAUCGGACGUGCGGUCAAAGUCGCUACUGAACGCCGGCGUAAAAAACGCUUUGGAUAACACAUCGAUUGUUGGCACUCUGAAAUCUCGGCACGGUGGGGAUGCUAAUCAGAAAAACUUUGUCAUCAUUAUGGAUGAAGUUGAUGGUAUGAGUGGAGGUGAUCGAGGAGGCGUGGGUCAAAUGGCUUUGUUUUGCCGCAAAACUUCUAUGCCCAUGAUUCUGAUCUGCAAUGAAAGAAACUCGCCCAAAAUGAGACCAUUCGAUAGAGUCUGCCUUGACAUACAAUUUAGAAGACCCGAUGUGAAUAGCAUCAAGGCCAGACUCAUGACUAUUGCUGUUAGAGAAAAGUUCCAGCUUGACCCUAACAUCAUUGAAAAGCUCGUCGAAGCUACGAGGGGCGAUAUCAGGCAAGUUAUAAAUCUUCUUUCCACAAUAUCAACUACCACUAAAAAAAUUGGACACGAUAACGUUCAGGCAAUUGCUCAAGCAUGGGAAAAGAACAUCGCUUUGAAGCCAUUUGACAUCACGCAUAAGUUGUUUGAUGGUCGUAUAUUUUCGGACGUUGGCUCAAGGUCUUUUCCUCUCUACAAAAAAAUGGAACUGUACUUUGAUGAUUUUGACUUCGCACCAUUGAUGAUACAGGAAAACUACCUGCACACCAAACCAUAUGUGCUGAAAUCCGGACAAAGUCAUCUUGAGGCGGUUGCGGACGCAGCUGAGAGUAUUUCUCAAGGCGAUCUUGUCGAAAGAAAGAUACGAAGCAGUGAACAACUCUGGAGUCUGUUACCGUUGCAUGCAAUUAUGUCUGCAGUCCGCCCUGCUUCAAAAGUUGCCGGUCAGAUGGCUGGCAGAAUCAAUUUCACCUCUUGGCUAGGCCAAAAUUCGAAGGCUGGCAAGUACCAACGUUUGCUGCAAGAGUUACAGUAUCAUACGCGGUUGAGCACGUCGACUAACAAACUAGGCCUGAGAAUGGAUUACAUGCCAACUUUGAAGCGAAGACUAUUGGAUCCGCUAUCAACAGACGGUAGCGAGGCAAUUGGCGAUGUAAUCCAACUUAUGGAUGACUACUAUUUAUCGAAAGAAGAUUGGGAUUCUAUUAUGGAGUUUAUGAUUGGAAAUGAUAAAACUGAGGCUCAGAUUAAAAAGAUUCCCACUGCAGUUAAGAGUGGUUUCACGCGAAAGUAUAACGCAAUGAUUCAUCCUGUCGCUAUUUACAAAACAGGCUCGACUACUGCUGUUGGGGGCGGACAAAAACAAACACCUGAUUUUGAGGAUGUUGUGGAUGCAGAUGAUGACGUUCCUCCCGUAGAAGAGGGAGAUGAAACCAAGGACGAUACCGAUUUCAAAAAGGACAAACUCAUCAAACAGGGCAAGCCCAAAGCUUCGAAGAAGAGAGCGGCACCUGGCGCAAAGAAAGCGCCCGCAAAAAAACGCAAAACUUAG